AAAUACCUGAAUCUCCAUUUUUUUUCUAACCAAUAUUGUGCUUUAUUAAUUUCUCAUAGCCUGUUUUUUUUUCUUCAACCAAAAGAAUCUCUCAUUGCUUUCCAUUCAUUUCUCAUCUUUGAAUCAAAGUGAUAGCAAUCUAAUGGGAUUUGGGUCGAUUUUGAGUAGGGAAAAGAAGCAAAAUCCCUCGAAUCCAGUUGCUUCUUCAUCUCCAAUGCGAACCCAACUUGAAGAACUGGAACUAGUUUUCAAAAAGUUCGACAUCAAUGGCGACGGUAAGAUCUCAUCUUCGGAGCUUGGUUCCGUCUUGGGUUCUCUCGGCCUACAACACUCCGAAGAUGAACUCCUGAAAAUAAUCAAAGAAAUCGACACUGAUGGUGAUGGGUUCAUAGAUUUCAAAGAGUUUGUGGAGCUGAACACCAAAGGAGUGGACUCAAACAAGGUUCUGGAGAACCUGAAGGAUGCUUUCUUGGUGUAUGAUAUUGACGGGAAUGGGUUUAUUACGGCCGAGGAACUUCACCAAGUUUUCAAAAGCCUCGGAGAUGAAUGCUCGAUCAUGGAAUGUAGGAAGAUGAUAAGUGGAGUGGAUAAGGAUGGAAAUGGGAUGAUUGAUUUCGAAGAGUUUAAGGUUAUGAUGAUGGCCGGCGCUAGAUCUUAACUCCAUGGAACCUCGGACUCAAUGAAGAUGAUGGUGUUCCCUUUUUAUUUUGGAGGGUUAAUCGGUCGUGCCAUGUUUUUAUAUAUCUAAAUAUUAGUUGAUCAAAAGAAUAUUAUGCAAAUCACUACCCCCCCCCCCCCAAAAAAAAAUCCAAAUGUUCUUAUACAAUCCAUGAAAUA